GGUCUGUAACGACCAGAUACUAAUCUGUAAUUGAAGGCCCUUGGAUUGGAUCAGAGCAGAAGUGGCCACUUGGAUGUGUAGAAAAAUGUCUUCAAGAAACCAAACAAGUCCAGUUGCCUUUGUUUCUUUUUUUUAGGAUAAAGUAAUUCUGCUGUUAUGUGACUUUUACUAUAUCAUUUGUGUGGCUGCAGUCACAAUUUUACCGCCACUCUACCUCUAUCUUAUGCACAAGACAAAUCGAGCCUCUCAUCUGAGUAGCUUCUUCAGUUCUAAGGGACUGAGGUUUGUGGGUUAGGUUUGUGAGGUUUGUAACUCUGUGGGUAAAACCAAUCAGAAACUUGCUCGACUUGUUUAUGCAGAAUCAGAAACUAGCACAUCUAAUUCCCAUUAACAGCUGGAUACUUAACCUGUCGUUGAGCGCGGGGACUGUUUGUCCCUUAACCACUUUCCCUAUGAAUGGUGCUUUAUCGACCCGUUAUCUUAUUAGUGUGCUUGAGUGGCAAGUGAGCUUUUAUUGCGAAACUUGCGUCGCUCUACAUCCGGCAUCGUCCCCGUAACUUAUCGUCCCAUCCGUGAUCUCGGGAUCCAUUGAGCAUCCUGGCCCGGGCCAACACGAAGCCAAAAACGGCCACUCGGCGUGUUUCCCUUGGCUGUCAGACACCUUGAAACGAUCACGAUCCCCUCCCCGGACCUCUCCCCAAACCUCCCCGGGUUGUCCUUUAAACGUGUCCGUUCCGUGUCUGGACGUUGUUCGAGGACCGACAGACAAGCGGGCGCCGGGCCGGGCUGGUCCUCCAGAGCGAGGAGUACCGCAGCCUUGCGUCAAAGCCAGCUAAAGCUAAACCGCGGUAGGACAAGUCAGCAAGAAAGACGGUUCACAGCCACGUUACCCCGGUCAGCUAGCCGGACACACAGCUGGUAUUUUUGGCACAGUCGCCGUCCUACACAUGUUCGGUUUUCAGUGAGCCACCCCCACAUCUGUGCCAAAUAAGAACCAAAGCUAACCUCGAUAUUGGACAUCUCGUUGACCAGCUACAAAAAAAAAAAAAAAAAAAAUCAAGCAAAAGUAGUGCAUUUAUUUAAUUGCGUAACAUUGAAGAGGGGUCUCAUAGCCAACAUAUGAGGCCCGGUUGAGAAGAUGGACCUGAAUUUUUACUCGGAUUUAACGGACGGUACCGGGCAGCACGACGGUGAUCCAGAGUUCCUGGACCCGCAGUCCUUCAAUGGAUUUGACUCUGACAACAAGUUUCCCGGAGGCAGUGACAACUACCUGACUAUUACUGGGUCCAGCCACCCCUUCCUCUCAUCUUCAGAGUGCUCCUCUAAACCCAUUGACCUCUUCAACCUCGCUGGAUCUGCUGGUGGAACGUUCCACACUCCCAGCCUCGGCGAUGAGGAGUUCGAGAUCCCUCCCAUCUCCCUGGACCCGGACUCGGCGCUCACCGUGUCGGACGUGGUGUCCCAUUUCGGGGAGCUGUCGGACACGGGCCCCUCGGACAGCGUGGUGGUGCCCGGGAACGCCGUGGUGGAAGGGGACGACCCCUCGUUCGCCUCCACUUUCGUCAGCGCCCCCUCUCAGGGGCUGGAGCACCUGAGCCUGGGGGUCAUGAACCAGUCGGGAGGAAGCGCUCUGCUGGGGUCGUCUCUAGGGAUGGACCUCGGCCACCCCAUCGGCUCUCAGUUCAGCAGCUCCUCCCCGGUGACCAUAGACGUCCCGCUGGGUGACAUGGGCCAGGGAUUACUGGGGUCCAACCAGCUGACCACCAUCGACCAGUCAGACCUCAGUGCCCAACUGGGGCUCGGGUUGGGAGGCGGGAACAUGCUGCAGCAACCCCAGUCUCCUGAGAACCCUCUGUCGGCCACAGCGUCGCCCACCAGCUCACUCCAGGACGACGACAUGGACGACUUCAGAAGGAGCGUCCUCGUUGAAUCUCCGGUCUCCAUGGCCGUCUCCCCCGGAGUCAUCUCCCUGGAUCCCUCUCUGUCCGGGUCGCCGCUCUCUACCCCGAGCUCCAGCGUCUCUUCGGCCGGCGCGCGGAAAGGAGGGGCAGGGGGAGGGAAGAAGGGGAAGAAGAAGAAAGACCCCAACGAGCCUCAGAAACCUGUGUCGGCCUACGCUCUGUUCUUCAGGGACACUCAGGCGGCGAUCAAGGGACAAAACCCCAACGCUACGUUCGGAGAAGUCUCGAAGAUAGUGGCCUCCAUGUGGGACAGUCUGGGGGAGGAACAGAAGCAGGUUUACAAGAGGAAGAACGAAGCGGCGAAGAAGGAUUACUUGAAGGCGCUGGCGGAAUACAGGGCCAACCCGAUAUCUCAGGUUCCCAUUGAAGUUAUGGACACAUCCCCAUCACCCCCACCACCAGCCCCGGUUCCCGCGGUCACGGCCCCUCCUGUCCCCGCCCCCGUAGCCCGCCCCACCAGGUCCCAGCACUACAACCCGGAGGAGAACACCAUCACCAACAUCUGCACCUCCAACAUCAUCCUGGACCUCCCUCAGGUCACCACGCGUUCCCGCACCGGGGCCAUCAAGCCCCAGCCGCCGCCGCCCCCCGCCGCCGCCCCCCCGAACCCUCCCACCGUCACCAAGAUCAUCAUAAAGCAGACGCAGCUGCCCUCGGGCGCCGUGUCGGUCACGGCGACGGCCGCCUCCUCCCCGCGCCAGCCGCCGCCGCUGCAGCAGAUGCAGAGCACGCCUCCUCCGCCCCGGCUGCAGCAGAUGGUGCACGCCCAGGCCCCGCCUCCUCUCCAGGCCAAGCCGCGGGGCGGCGGCGCCGCUGCCGCCACGGCCCCGCCGCCGCUGCAGAUCAAAGUGGUCCCGGCGUCGCGCCAGUCGGACUCGAGCGUGCCCAUGAUCGUGACGUCGGUCGGGGAGACGUCGGCGUCCAUGUCGUCCUCGUCGGCUCUCACGGUGGAGGUGGGACAGGCCGCCGCCAUGGUGACGGAAGGGGAUGAAGUGGCGGAGGCAGAGGAAGGGAUGGAGGUGGAGGUGAAUGUCGCCCCGGGUCUGAGCGUGACCCCAGCCUCCAGCCCGAGCAUUUGCGUGCGCGCCGGCUGCACCAACCCCGCCGUGGACAGCAAGGACUGGGACAAGGAGUACUGUAGCAACGAGUGUGUCGCCACGCACUGCAAAGACGUGUUCAUGGCCUGGUGCGCCAUCAGAGGGCAGAACUCCACCACGGUCACAUAGGGACAGGACGCGUCCGGUGGUGGAGCGCUGCACGGAGACAAAAGGACAGAUAAAACACGUGAAAUGCAAACUAACAGAGGAAGGACUGAAUGACAGGCUCAGGUAUUGGCGCGUAACGGUUUUGUUUUGCCACCUCGAGGACGGCGACGAGAUGAUGGAAAGUAUUUAAGAGUAAUGUGAUGUUGUCCUGUGGCUGCCCCGUACCUCCGCGGCAGAAUGAAACAAACCACUGCAAAUACUGUAGCCAGCGUCACGGCUCUGAGGCAGAGACAUGGAUGAAAAAACUAAAGAAGACGAGGAGGAAGAAGAAACGAGAGACUCUGCUGCUCCAGAUGUUUCCUAUCUAUCAUCUAUUGUGACUCAAAAUUAUGAACUUGAUAUAUAAAAGAUAGAACAUUUUAUAUGGUGUUUUUAAUUGUUUUGAAAAGAGAAUAAGAGCAGGACGACUCUUGCAGGUGUAUUCGGUUUAUUUGAUUGAUUUCUGACGUGUACGUAUGCUCUUCCCUUUACUGUUACGUCAAAGACUGAUCUGUGUGAAAGGCAGAUUUUUUUUUUCUUCAGUGUUUCGCGGGAUGGCGUCGACGAGCUACUGAGGAAAGAACCAACGGUCUUAAAGCUUUUCUGGACACGUUCAAGAGGGUCAAGUGUUCAUAUGAAGCCAUCUUGAGAACGAGGUGGUGAGGAAAAGCCGUUUGUUGGCUUUAAAAGCCACUUUGAGGGGAACAGAGAUGCCAUAAUUCAAAUGUUGGAACUGAAGACGUUCAAAUCAGGUGCUAAGAUUCAGGAAAAUAUUGUUUUCUGUGCUCCUUUCCUGCUGAGAUACCGUGUGGCGUGAGAGCUGUUGAAAUAUGUGGUGCAUAUCAUUUGCUUUAUUUGGAGGAUUUGAGGUGAUUUUUUUUUUUUUCUUUGUUUGGGGAAAACACAAAUAUUGAAAUGAAAUAAACACACCAGCUCAGACAACACUACUUACUGUAAAGGAAAAGGGAAUACAGUAAAAGAAAAAAACAUUAUUUUUUAAAAAAUAUAUAUCAUUUCAAUUAAGGAAUUGUUGAAUAAUCAAGGAAUGGAUGGAUGGUUGCUUCCAAAACAAAAACCUGACCUGAUCGCUCUGGAUUAUUGUAGAUAUCCUGGAAAUGUUUUUAAUUAUCAAAUAAAACAUUUUAUGUUUUAAUAUGUACAUAUUGGUACAUGUUGGACUUGCAACUACA